AUGGCGGCUUAUGUGUUUCCUACAGCGUUACGAUGCUCGAUGACAUUCGUACUCUCCAGUUAUCCUCCCGCUUUAAGAAAUACCUGUCAGGUUAAAGGCUACGUUAACUGGUGGAAGCACUGUUCAAAUGUGACUUCUUGUAAAACCGUGGCCCAAUACGACGGCCUGGUUCAGAGCGGAUCUUUGUGGGAAGAUGCUCUGCAGCGGCAUGUUCUCCAGCGCCUGGCCCAACUGCAGAACUCACUGCAAAACUACAAUAACAGUCACUUCCUGAAACCACCUCUACACAGAAUACACCCCAACUGUCAUGGACUUCACAAUAUGAGAGAAGAUUGCAUUACUGCACCAUCGGUUUUCCAGACAAAUGAGGAAGAAAACGCUUGUCCGCCCCCGCCAAAAGGCUUCUAUAUCUAUGGAGAUGUUGGCACAGGGAAGACCAUGCUCAUGGAUAUGUUUUACUCAGGGGUGCAAAGCAAUCGUAAAAAGAGAGUCCACUUCAAUGGCUUCAUGUUGGACAUCCACAAAAGGAUUCAUCGGCAGAAACAAAGCCUGCCGAAACGGAAGCUGGGCAACAUGUUCACCUAUGACCCAAUAUCGCCGGUCGCCAUGGAGAUCGCCUGUGAAACCUGCCUCUUGUGUUUUGACGAGUUUCAGGUGACGGACAUUGCUGAUGCUGUGAUCCUGCGUCAGCUUUUUGAAACGUUGUUCCAGACCGGAGUGGUGGUUGUGGCGACCUCCAACAGACCCCCUGAUGAUCUGUACAAAAACGGACUUCAGAGGGACACCUUUCUACCUUUCAUCGACAUGCUGAAGGAAUAUUGCCACACCGUCUGCCUCGACUCCGGGGUCGACUACAGGAGGCUGCACAAGACUACAGGAGAGAAACUCUACUACCUGACUGGAGAGCCUGUUUCAGACGCUGUCUUGGACGCAAUGUUUGAAGAGCUGGCGUUUGCACAAAAGAGCAUUACAGGUCCCCAGGUACUCACUGUUCUGGGCAGAAAAGUGACCCUGGAAAAGACCUGCGGCUCCAUUGCAGACUGUACUUUUCAUGAGCUGUGUGGUGGAUCUCUCGGUGCCAGUGAUUACCUGGAGAUGGCACGGCUUUUUGACACGGUGUUCAUCCGACGCAUUCCCAAGCUGACGCUGACCAUGAAGGACCAAGUGAGGCGCUUCACCACCCUCAUCGACAACUUCUAUGAUAACAAGGUGAGAGUGGUGCUGCAGGCUGCAGUGCCUUUAGAGCAGCUGUUUGCCCACACUGGAGGAGAAGAUGAGCGGGACCAACAGCUUUUGGAUGAUUUGGGCCUGAGUGAGGAGGCAGCGGGGCGUCUAACUCUUUUUACAGCCGAGGAGGAGAUCUUUGCCUUCCAGAGGACUGUUUCUAGGCUAACGGAGAUGCAAACGGAGACGUACUGGAUGGAGGGAGAUCGCAGCAUCAGAAAGCGACGUUUCCAUACAUAAUUGCCAACGGUGGCUACCUGAUAAGUGCACUCGAUAUAAACAACAUAUUAAAGAUGCUGUAUUUUCUUAUGUAGUGCCAGGGAGUGUUUAUUUACUAAACUACAGAGAGUAACAGGCUUCUAUUAGGAGUCUAGGUCUAGGUGUAUUUUUAGAGGUGAGUUAUUUGUAACUUAAAAAAAAAAUAUCAAUACUAAAUCUAUUAUACAAACAAUAACACUAAAUUAACAUCAUAUUACAACAUACAGUAUGUGUUACUUAUUCAAGUGCAUCUCCCAUUUGCCUUGCCAGCAGCCUUGGUCACAUUGCCAUUAAAGGGUUUAGCUCAUUAGUGUCAGCAGGAGACUCCACAUAAACACACUCAUCUGAAACAAAUGUAGAACCCCAGCCAAACUGUGUCUUGACACUGAAUUGUUUUACUACAUCAGGAGUUUCCAAAGUACAGCCCGGGGGCCAUUUGUGGCCAACCACUCAUUUUUUAUUGGCCUGCGGCACAUUGUAAAAAUUAAACACAUUUUUUAUUUUAGGUUUUAUUUAUUUAUUUAUUUAUUUAUUUAUUUAUUACAAAAGUACAAAAGUUUUGCAAAAUCCUUUUGAUUUUUCAAUAUGCAACCCUCGGUGGAGACAGUUUGGAUACCCCUGUACUACAUGUAUAGUUUGCUUAAAUAUUCCCAUUAUCAAUGGCUAAAAUACUACCUUGUAUAAACUUUGAAGACACAUCAGUUAGUAAUGCAUUAGCUUAGCACAUGCUUUAGCAGAGCAGAAGACAACUUAAAUGACAAUAUUAAUGGCCGUCCCGGCAGUACUGUAUGUGUUUGGAUAUUUAUAUACUGUAAAUACAUCAACACCUGUUUGCCACAGUUUUUCAGACUGUUUUUAAGGUUAUACACGUGCAUUUUGAAAUGUUUUUUGUCUUGCCUGUUCUAGGAGGUUUAUCCCAUUAUUGAACCAGGUGAUGUGACUGAAACAGAGUGGAGUCGAAGUGCAGCGUUGUUGGCUGCUACCCUCUAGUGGAGAAAGUGUGAAAUGCCCAAGCUCCCUAAAACUCACUUAAUACUGUAUAUCGAUAAAGGUACUGCAGACAAUAAACUAUCUACUGUACAAUGUAUCCAUCUUUAUUGUUCUCUGCAUAUUUGUAGUCCAUUAUACAGAUUAAU